GGAAGGGAGGCCAUCGUCCAUUUGGUGGGGUCUCACGGCAGCGCGAAGGAAGACGGAAAAUGACGGACGCAGUGGUCAGCUUCCUCAAGGACUUUUUGGCCGGCGGCAUCGCCGCUGCCAUCUCCAAAACGGCCGUAGCCCCGAUUGAAAGAGUCAAACUGUUGCUGCAGGUGCAACAUGCGAGCAAACAGAUCACAGCAGACAUGCAGUACAAAGGGAUCAUGGACUGCGUGGUGCGAAUCCCCAAGGAGCAGGGCUUCCUGUCCUUCUGGCGCGGCAACCUGGCCAAUGUGAUCCGCUACUUCCCCACCCAAGCACUCAACUUUGCCUUCAAGGACAAGUAUAAGAAGAUCUUCCUGGGAGGGGUGGACCAGAAGACACAGUUCUGGCGCUAUUUCGCCGGGAACCUGGCGUCGGGGGGGGCUGCCGGCGCCACCUCCCUGUGCUUCGUGUACCCACUCGACUUCGCCAGGACCAGGCUGGCGGCCGACAUCGGCAAGGGCCUGGCAGAGAGGGAGUUCACCGGUCUGGGCAACUGCAUCGCUAAGAUCUUCAAGUCGGACGGCAUCAAGGGCCUCUACCAGGGCUUCAACGUGUCUGUGCAGGGAAUCAUCAUCUACAGAGCCGCCUACUUCGGGGUCUAUGACACGGCUAAAGGCAUGCUGCCAGACCCCAAAAAUGUGCACAUCUUCAUCAGCUGGAUGAUCGCCCAGUCUGUGACGGCGGCUGCUGGGCUCGUUUCCUACCCAUUUGACACCGUCAGACGUCGUAUGAUGAUGCAGUCGGGCCGCAAAGGAGCUGACAUUAUGUACAAGGGCACACUUGACUGCUGGAGGAAGAUUUUAAAAGAUGAAGGCGGCAGGGCUUUCUUUAAGGGAGCCUGGUCCAAUGUGAUCAGGGGCAUGGGUGGAGCCUUCGUGCUGGUGCUGUACGACGAGAUCAAGAAGCUGACAUAGAUGUCGCUGGCAGCUUCCCUGUGGAGCCCGUGCGCUUUACUUCUUAACCAUGUCUUAACCGUGUAACGAAUGGCAACGACCCGUCCGAACCAAAUGUGGGGAAGUGGUGAAUCGCUGGAGGCAGGCCAAGGAGGGGUGUGGGGGACAGGCCACAGAUGCUCUCCCCUUGGACCGCCUUCACUGCUUUCUGAGAACCACACCCCCCUCUCAAAUUUGUACAUAUGCCCGCCCCCCAAUGGGAUUUCAUGUUAGGCUGUUUUUUGGUUGGAGUAAGAGGUGACUGUACGCACUGAGAAUAAUCAAACCCUUAGAGAAUUUGUAAAAGCACAAGGCUUCAAAAUAUUUUUGACCACUAAAUGUACAGUGUAAACUUUUUCUUUUGGUUUGGUUUUGCCAACCUGGUAUACAGUUUACUAAAAUUUCAAAUAAAAACAGAAAUACCUGA